UAUUCGCGAUCUGGCAUCCCAGUGAAAGCGGAAAUGGUAAUGUAAUGUAUAAACCCGCGCGGGAAAAGCAGUGUUUUGGUGGCAGUAAGUCUGAAGAAAGCGGGAGACUGUUUUUAACACAGACCUCGUUAUACUGUGCGGACCAGGAUGAAGGUGGUAACAUGUGAAAUUGCCUGGCACAACAAGGAGCCAGUGUACAGUCUGGAUUUUCAACAGAAUGCCGAUGGCAAGAUUCACCGCCUGGCCACGGCUGGAGUGGACACCACAGUGCGCAUGUGGCGUGUGGACAGGGGGCCAGACGGAAAGGCUGUAGUGGAAUUCCUGUCAAAUUUAGCAAGACAUACCAAAGCAGUGAAUGUAGUUCGCUUUUGUCCAACCGCAGAGCUGCUGGCCUCUGGAGGAGACGAUGCAGCCAUCUUAUUAUGGAAGAUUAAUGAUAGUAAAGAGGUCGAGCAAGCCCCAACUUUCCAGGAGGAUGAGGAUGCUCUGCUGAACAAGGAAAGCUGGAAUGUAGUCAAGACUCUCAGGGGGCACAUUGAGGAUGUGUAUGACUUGUCAUGGACAAGCGAUGGGAAUUUCCUGGUUUCUGGCUCUGUGGACAACACUGCCAUCAUGUGGGAUAUACAGAAGGGUCAGAAGAUAUGCAUCUUUAAUGACCAUAAGAGCUAUGUGCAGGGUGUAUCCUGGGACCCGCUAGGUCAAUAUAUUAGCACACUUAGCUGUGAUAGGGUUAUGCGUGUGUACAGCACACACACAAAGAAAAAGGCCUACAGCGUGAGUAAAAUGACAUCAGGCUCUGCUGGAGAGGGAGAGGUGAAGAACUUCAGGAUGUUUCAUGAUGACAGCAUGCGAUCCUUCUUCAGACGCCUCACUUUUACACCUGACGGCUCCUUCCUCCUGGCACCUGCUGGUUGUGUGGAGACAGGAGAGAAUGUCACAAACACCACCUAUGUCUUCUCCAGGAAGAGCUUCAAGAGACCCAUUGCCCAUCUCCCUUGUCCUGCUAAAGCCACUCUUGCUGUACGAUGUUGCCCUGUGUACUUUGAGCUCAGAACAAAGAAGCUUGAAGAUGGAUUGGUCCAGCCGCUGCCCAACACCUUCCAGCUGCCGUAUCGCUUGGUGUUUGCUGUGGCAUCUGAAGACUCAAUCUUUUUUUACGACACCCAGCAGACAGUGCCAUUUGGUUACGUGUCCAAUAUCCACUACCACACCCUGAGUGACCUCAGCUGGUCUCGUGAUGGCUCAUUCCUGGCCGUGUCGUCUACGGAUGGCUAUUGCUCUUUUGUGUCCUUUGACGAACUGGAGCUUGGUACGCCUCUGAAGGAGCGGCCACAGCUGGACAUCAUCACCCCACUCACUGCCAGUGAGAAAAAGGGCAAGAGAACAUCAGGUAGUGGACGAACAGCUUCACCCGUGCCCCGCACCAACCCUUCACCCAUCAUGCAGGAGAAAGAGACUUCAUCUGCUACUUCUGAAGAGAAGCGAACGCCACAAGGCCUGAAGGCCAAAUCGCAGCCCAGGCGCAUUACCCUCAACACACUGGAGGGAUGGAGCAAACCCAGCACCCCAAAAUCUCCUGCCACACCUACUGCCCCUCCCACCAGCAGUCCCAGCAUGCCCAAAUCUGCCCCCUCCACUCCUCUGCCCAGUCGAGGACCGCUUACUCCCAAAACUACUCAAACUACCCCAAGCACCCCGCUUGCUCCCAUCAGUGCCAGAAACUCCACAACGCCUAAAGGACCCACCCCUAGACGAAUUUCUCUGACACCACUUAUCCCCAGAUCUCCAGCUUCCUCUCAGACCUUUAUCACUCCAUCCUCCACUGAGAAAGCCAAACAUGAGAGACCAUCUCCUUCUAACGAUCCAGUGUGCAAGCCUCCUGAAUCCAAGCGGCCCAAGACUGACGAAGCUUCAGGUCCGAAUGGCAGCAGCAGCACUUCUCCUCAAAGCACUGAGCCCUCCAGCAGCAAGACCACGAAGUCUUGACCAAUAACUAUACCUCCCCAUGUUUUUAACCAGCUGUACUUCUUUAAAAAGUAUCCAGGAGUGUGUGUAUUUGGACACGAUCACUUGAAAUUAAAACUGAACCAAACCCUUACAGUGCAACUUGAUCAUGAGGGAACAGGAUUCAAUUUUUUUCUGGUUCAUUUUGGCAAGCUUAUUGACUUGUCUAUUUAUACUGUUAAGGGAAUUGUAUUGUGUGUUACUGAUAGUUUAGAAGACAUUUCUAAAUUGUUGUAUUGCAAUCAGUUCAUCAUCACUGAGCUGUUUAUUAUUGAUAUCAAAGUACCAAGCACUGCUUUUGAAAUACUAGUUUAAGAAUUCAUGUCCAUGUGCAGAGGCGCAAAGAUGGUCGUUUUCUGUGGCCAGGUUGUAUUGUCUUGUUUGCAGCAACAGCUGAAGCAACCGCUUUGUCUGUGUGAACAUGCUGAUUCAUCUGUACAGAAGAUGAAACACACUAGAACUGUGGUGGCAAACAAACCAUAGAUGGUGUAAAAUGUGGAAGCCUCUGUUUCAGAAUGGGGGAUGCAGACUGAGCUUUUGCUGUAAACAGAAUUACUAAAGAAUGAAAGUAAAUAGUCAGUGACGAGAGUCAGCUUUAACCUAUGAAGCUUUAUUUGGAUUCAGUCUUUGUUGAAUGAAUAAUUCAUUAAAUUACUUACCACAGUUCUCCUCUUUCUUCUAAAGCAACCUUAGUAGUUUUUUCCCCGAAUAGUAGUGAGGUCGUUACUUAAAGUUUUAGCAACACAACCAAAAAGCUACUGUCACAGAGAUUACUUAGCAAUCUGCCUUCCUAUCCAGUUGAGAAACUUGUACAUGUGUGAAGCAAGCUAGUCAUUGGGCCUCAUUUAUCAAACUGGAUUUAAAGUUAUGUACACUCACUGAGCACUUUAUCAGGAACACUAUACUAAUA